AUGUCAGUUUCGCCGGCUGGCUUGCAACGUGGUAUCCGUUUCCCUUGGACUGUCAGGAGAUCGGAGGGCGCUGAAGGAGCCAGAACAGAGGAUACUUCUUCUUCCCGUCCCUCCACACAUGCUGACAUGGCAGUCACCAGUGGUAUUAGCCAAGACAUCGCUUCUUGUCCGCCGGCACAGCCCGCCGCAACAGAGCUGGAGGAGGUAGUGGCGGAGGAGGAAGUAAUGAUGAUUCCGGACAGGUUGGUGCCUUCAACCACCUCCGCGGAGGACCAAACUCCUGAACCUCCCUCCAACGAAGAUCUAGAUGAACUGACAAAUUCUCUUCUUGCCAUGCAACAGGUUAGACCCAAAUCAUCUUCCCUUACCCAGACUCAUAAGCCAUGGUGA